AUGGACCAGCUUCCUGCUGAACUGGUCACCUACCUCUGUCAGUUUCUGACAAGGCCGUCUCUGGCCUCUUUCCGUCUCACAUGCAGAGCAUUCGCCGCCCUAGCAGAAGAACAUCUAUUCCAUGAUUUUGAGUUUCGACUCUACCCAAGUCUGCGCAGGUUGCGCCAACUUGAAGAGCUCGCAGCCAAUCGAUCGAUAGCAUCUAGAUUGAGGUGCAUCACCUAUGAGUCGGGCAUCCCGCUAGAGUACGCCGACCAUCGAUAUUGGCAAGCUCAAGUGUACCAGGAAAAGAGCAGCGCUUGGGAGCGAAGCCUAGCUGCUCAAGGGAAUGCUCGUGAUACAUAUAUGGAGUUUCACGAGGCCCUUCAGGCCAGGUUCACCCCAGAACUUUCCCGCCGCUAUGACCUUUACCGGUGGCACCUAGACCAACAGGCCGCAAUUAUGGCCGAGAGCGGCAUUCGACAGGUCUUGAUGUGGGCGAUGGACAAAUUGAGCCACUCGAGUCCCAUAUUGCGGUUCAAGCUGAUCAUGGCUGAGCCUCAGAUCCAACUCGAGGAAUUGGAGGCUUUCCGCCCCAAAGAGGAGGCGAACAGCAACCCUUAUGACCCCGAUCCCCGUCGAAGAGUAGUCAACCGACGUCAACACUGUCUGGAUCAUUUCAUCAAUUUCCUCGAUGCGGCCAGGCGUUCACGGUGCAACGUAUCAGACCUAACGGCCGUCGACAUGCCUCAUCAGCUUCUGACAGUUGACAGCGUUCAUGGGAGGCAGGUUCUCGAAGAGAUCUUCAAAGGCCUGAAGAGGCUGAACAUCAAAGUCAGUGAGUUCCCUCAUAGCGAUUGGCUUUCUCGGGGUGGUAUGUGGGAAGUAUAUUUUGGAGGCCGGAAUUUGGCAGCUCAAAGGCUGAGGAUGUUAUUGGAUUCUCCCUCAACACUUGAACACUUGAGUCUCGAGUUCCCUGUGGGCAGAGAAGCGGAAUUCUCGUUCGAGCUCUUUGACCGAACGAACCUUGAUCGCUUUCCACGGUCUUGGCUGCCACGGUUGAAAUCUCUCACUCUUUGUCACUUUCGAAGUCCCUACGAUGACUUGGAGGCUUUUCUUGCCGAGGGCAAGAACAUCGAGGCUUUGGUGUUGAAACAUGGUCGACUGGAAAACGGGGCUAUGACAACUCUGCUGGACUAUCUGUCCCAAAGGCGUCUUCCCAGUGUCUCGCUCCUCGGCACCUGGUACGUUGAUAGGGACUGUGGGGAGUGGCAUUCUCACAGCGAACAAGACUUCACGGAUUGCCUCGCUGCGACAUCGUACGAAGGGCCCUAUGCGCACAUGGCACAUCAUCAGAACGAUAGCAGUCCUCCUUGUGGCAAGACCAAUCUCACCCGGAAGUGCGGGUUCAUCAGGCUGAUGAUUGAUACUGUGAUCAUAUCUGAUCGGAUCAUCCUCACCAUGUACUAG